AUGGUGUUAAACCUGGUCAAAGAAAGCCUGGAGCUGACUACCAAGAACAAUGUGUCCAGCUGGGGUGUUCUCAUGGACCCAGAAGGAAGCAAACCAACCACUCAUAUCCAAGACACCCUGGGGAAGAGCCAGUUCAGAAGAAACUUGCACCAAAGGGGCCUGAAACCUACUUCCUCUUUCAAUUCAGACCCGGAGCGGCUGAUUGGAGAGAUCGCCUUUCAGCUGGACAGGAGGAUUCUUUCGCAUGUGUUCCAGAGCCAGGCUAGACUCUAUGGCUUUACUGUGCUCAACAUACCAGAAAAAAUCAUCCAGGUGAGCUCACACCCGUUGAUCGGGCGGGUGGAUGAGGGGUACGGCCUCCAUGUCUCCCAGAGGUACACGGACCUGAUGGGGAGGUUGGCCCAGCUCGGGUACAAUCUGACCCUGCACCCUCCCUUCACUGAGUUCAUCGUCAACACCUAUGGGAUACUGAAGCAAAGGCCUGAUUCUUACACGGCUCAGAAGAUGGACUACAACAACGUCUAUGUUAUGAGGGAGGUCAUUUUCAGCACUGCUCCAGGGAAACUGGUCCCGGACCUGCUCCUCCUGCUCAGCUGCCUGUCGGACAUGGCCAGGACGGACAGGAAGCCCCUCCUCCUGUGGUAGAGAGCUGGGGUCAGCAUGGCCACCCUCCUUAUCUUAACACCACUUGUAAUUAAAUU